AUGUUGAGGUCUGAGGUGAGUGACGUAAUCACGUAUUUACGUAAGGAGGGAGGGUGCGAGCACGCCGAGCAGAGGAGAAAGUCGCAGUGAUAAGGUUUCUCAUUAGAGAAGCGGGCUUGCGGACGUGUGUCUUCAUUGAGCGCUUCUCCUCUCGACACAGGGAGAAUGCCACGGAAAUUACAAUAAAUGGAGCUCGUUGGGCAGAAAAAACGUCAGCUGGCGUUGGUUUUGUGUUAUGUUUUAUCGCUUCCAGUUGUUGUCUGUUUCAGUGAGCUCUCUUUUGUGACCGAACCCGGUGACAAGAGGUAUCUCAAAACGAUCAUGUAUUGAUGGACUGCUUGGCCCAAGGAGAACCACCGCUAGACAUCCGAUGGCAGAAAAAUGGGGCUAGACUUCUAGAAAGUGACCAUGUUCAUUUCUUGCCCAACGGAUCUCUGCUUCUGUCAUCUGUAAGCAGAGGAGUAGAACAAUCAGACGAAGGAUUUUAUCAGUGCCUUGCUCACAACAAAUACGGAGCCAUCCUAAGCCAAAGAGCUCACCUUACAAUCACAAGAAUCUCAUCGUUCGUGAUUCAGCCCUCUCCUGUUGUAGUUAAUGUUGGUUCUGUAGCUAGGUUUGUGUGCAGUAUCACUGCCAACCCACCAGCCAUAAUUACAUGGGAAUUCAACCAAAAAGCCCUGCCUCUGGAAACCGAGAGAAUCGCUGUGUUGCCAAAUGGAGUUUUGCAGAUCCAUGAGGUAAAAUCUGAGGAUGCUGGGUUCUACCGAUGUGUCGCCACCAACAUAGCCGGUCAACUAAAAAGCAAGGGGGCUAUGCUUUCUGUCCAUCCAGUGCCUGGAUCCAGACUGUUCAUGAAGCCCCAGAUCAUUGUAGGACCCCAGAAUAUCAGUGCCAGCCUACAUCAGAGUGUUGUUCUGGAGUGUGUAGCAGAUGGCAACCCUCGCCCCCUGGUGUCUUGGAGCAGGGCCGACUCUAAGCCCAUAGACGUGUUUGGGGUUAAAGUGAUGGGAAAUGGGAAUCUUAUCAUCUCCAAUGCCAAAACCCAUCACACUGGAGUUUACUUGUGCAGAGCAACAACACCACGUACACGCAAUUUCACCAUUGCUGCAGCAAACCUUACUGUGUUCGUGCCUCCAUUAAUGGUGGAGAAGCCAGAAAGUCAGACUCGGCCCAGAGCAGGAACGGUUCGCUUUAGCUGUCUGUCAGAGGGUAUGCCAACUCCCCGCAUCACAUGGCUGAAAAAUGGGGAAGCCAUCCAUUCAAAUGGCAGGAUUAAGAUGUAUAACAGUAAACUGGUGAUCACCCAGAUCAUUCCCGAGGACGAUGCCGUCUACCAGUGCCAGGCUGAGAACUCGCAGGGCUCGGUUCUGUCUACUGCACGACUGAUUGUGGUCAUGUCAGAGGAUCGGCCCAGCGCUCCACAAAACAUUCAUGCUGAGACCAUUUCCAGCUCUGCCAUAUUACUAGCCUGGAAGAGGCCUCAGUACAAUGCAGAGAAAGUCAUCGCCUACUCGGUGCACUACAUGAAGUCAGAAGGACUAAACAACGAAGAGUACCAAGCGGUGAUUGGAAAUGACACCACUAGCCACAUUGUGGACGAUCUGGAGCCGGCAUGUAACUACACGUUUUAUAUAGUGGCCUACAUGCCCAUGGGAGCCAGUCGUAUGUCUGAGCAAGUCACACAACACACACUGGAGGACGUUCCUGUCCGUACCCCUGAGCUAAGCCUUACCAGCCGCAGCCCUACUGAUAUUUUGGUGUCCUGGCAGUCUCUUCCUGCCAAGAUAAGUCGUGGACGUGUCUCUGCCUACCGCCUAUCAUUCCGUACUGCCGCUGAUGAACAGGUGAGCUCGGUAGAGCUGCCUGGGAACUCCACUCACUACCUUUUUCAAGACCUGCAGCCUGACACCAUCUACCUGCUGCGCAUUGAGGUAUCCACUCACGUGGGAUGGAGCCAGCCAUCAGCCUGGAGCUCUCACCGCACACCCAAAACCUCUAAAGCCACAGUGCCUUCUGCCCCUAAUUUGGAGCUUGAGCCUUUUAACUGCACUUCAAUUACCGUACGCUGGCAUCCUGCACCCAGUGAUACUGUCAUCCAAGGUUACAAAAUAUCCUGGUAUCCUGAUGGCCAAUCAGAAAGCUCAACUAUCCAGCUCCACUCUCAGGACUACCAACAUACUAUUACAGCUCUUGAUCCAAGGAGAAAAUAUCACGUGAAGCUUCUGGCCUUCAGUGCGCAUGGUGACGGCUAUCAAGCACAUCAGAUUGUUAGCACAACUGGCUGUCCUUCUGCUCCAAACAGAAGGUUGGCUACGCUACCUGCCCCAGACCACGUUCAUGGCCAGACCAACAGCUCAACAUCUGUCAGCCUCAGCUGGGGCCGACCUGCCUUUAGUUCUGGAAAACCAGUCAUCUAUUCUGUUCGCUUUGGCCCUGUUGCUCCGUACAAUGCUUCAGCUGUACGCUAUCUUCAAACGAAUGAACAGACAGUAAUGGUUGAGGGCCUGAGAUCAAAUACGCGGUAUGAGUUUUCUGUACGGUUGCACACGGAUCACAUGUCCAGUCCCUGGAGCUCUCCCAUAUAUCUAAGAACUUUUCUGGAAGCUCCAUCGUCUCCUCCACUGGGGGUCAGAGUAACUCUGAUAGAAGGAGACACAGCAUUGGUGUCAUGGAGGGAGCCAGAACAGCCCAACCUGAUUGUGAGCCACUACACCAUUCUUUAUGCCCCACAGAGAGCAUGGUUAGCAGGAGAAUGGCAUGUCCUACAGAGAGAAGGAAGCAAUACUAUGGCUCUGUUAGAAAAGCUGGAGCCUGGUAAUGUGUACCUGGUGAAGAUCUCUGCCUCAAACCAAGCAGGUGAUGGCCCUUUCUCCAUGACUGUUGAACUUUCUGUGCUGAAGGGAAAAACUCACCCAGAAAAAAAACCUCGCCAUUCCUACAGCCCGACUAAGACUAUAGGUGGUCUCUAUCAUUUGGAUGACAAAUCUAUGACUGGCAUUAUGAUUGGUGUGUGUAUAGCAUUGGGCUGCAUCAUUACCUGCAUCUUCAUCCUUAUUACUAAAAGCAAAACAAGAAGAAAUACUUCAUCGUCAAAGAUGAAUAGACAAAUGAGUUCUGAGAUUAACGGUGUGCCCCAGCCCAAUCACCUGCAGGGAGAGAAUGCUGAGGUUUUGAUAUCGAUGAUGGAAAAUUACUAUGUUGACACCAAGGGUGGAUCGAAUUUGAUGAUAAACCGUGAAGGACCGAUCGUCAAUAGCAGUCAGAACGCAAAAACUAGGAGAUGGAACAUUUUCAGACGUGCAAAAAAAACCACUCCGAAAAACAUCCAGGCAGCGGAGCAAAGAUGUUUGUAUGAGGUGGGGAAGAUGGUGUUACAGUACGAGCAGGAACAUGCCGGGACGUCACUUCAACACCCCUCCUUACAGGUCUUCUAUUGUCCACUCGGGGAGUCUGAAAGCUCUCAGACCAGCGAGGGCAGCGGAGAAACAGGAGAUUCCGGAAACUUCUCUCAGGACGAAGCCGAUUCGACCAGCUCCAACAUGUGUGAUGAGAAAAGGAACAGCUCAGUGAAUGUUGAAGUCGCAUCAAACAUUGUGGUACAAAUCUGUCCACGCGUUUCCUCGUGAAUCUGUGUCGCUUUUUUACUUACCUCACCGAAUCCCAGCUGCCUUCUCUCAAGCACAGUACACAGACAGCAGUGCAGGUGAAACAGCUUUGCACAUCCUCCAGCUCAGGUUAUGCUGCUCAUUCAGGGAACAGAGCUUUAUGUGCCAAAGAUCAGAAUUGUUCUUAAUCAUACCACAAAAAAAGUCCAAAUACAUUUUUACCAACUCCCUAACGUGGUGCACGUCAGCUCAAAGACACAAGCACAGCCUCAAACCUUAUUGAUGCCUUGAAAACUCGGAUCUGUUUAAGAAGCCUUCGGAGAACUUCAGAGAGGAUUGGAGCUUUCUGUGGGAUUGAAUUAUAUCUAACAAAUGUACUUCCUACUAUCUUUGUCUUCUUCUGUUUGUUUAGAAGAAAACAUACCUCACCAAAUGAUGAAUGUGUUUAGGCUAUAGAAUGUUUUCAUUGUUCUUUGCUGUCUACCUCAGUUGGAACACUUCUGCCUAUCGGGUUUCAGUGUUCUGUUAUAUUUUCCUUUUUUCUAUGAAACAGGUUAUGGUACCUCAGGCUUUUACAUCAUUUUAAGUUGAGUAAAACUGACCGAUGUACAGGGACGUCCUCACGGACCAACUGCCAGAAGAUCCCACUACCUUUUUUUUUUUUACUUUUUUACCCAGUAUUUAUAUUGCUUACAUAAUUCUUUUCACUACUACCUCAAUUUAACAGAAUUUUUUUUUUUACAAUAAUUUGCCAUGUUGUUUAUGAAGUGUUGGACUUCUAAUUUUUAUUAAUGGAUCAUAUGUGUGGUUCGUUUGUUAUGUGGUACUUUAUUUAAGAUAUUGAAAGCUUUAAUAUUUUGUUCAAUUUACUGUAUACGUUGCAAUGUUGAGAUCGGUUUGCAAUUCAUUUGUAAAUGUAUGUUGUUGUUUUUUUUGUUUUGUUUUUUUCUGUGGCAGCUUUUAGGUUCAGUAUGCUUUGGUAAUACUUAUUUUCUUUAUUUCUUGGUGAUAAUUAAGAAAUAACCAAAAAUGCGAUGCAUAUAGGUUUUGUGUGCAUCAGACCGUAAUAGCUUUAAAACCCAGUGGCCUUGUGCUGUAGGGUCAUUUUGCAAUAUAUGAUUUUAUAUAUCCAAAGAAUGAAUGAGUGAGUGCAGGAAAGUUGUAGAAUAAUGCCAAAUAUACUGUUACUGCUAAAGAUAUAUAUAAUUAUAUUUGUGUAUAUUGUAAGUGCCACAAAGAAAACACGUUGAUUUUCUCCUAUCCAAAAGGUUAGCUUUAGCGUUUAUCUGUUAGGUAAGCGCAGUUCUUUUCAUGACCUUACUUUUGUGGGUUUGUAGAUGACCAGCAGUGGUUACAGAUGCUACUAUCCAAAGAGUUGCUUACUUCUUUCAUUGGGUUGGAUGCAAACAUGCCGAAAAACCUUGUGAUCAUACGCCUUCAUUGUGUCUAAGAAUCUAAGACUGUAUGAAAGAUGAACGAAAUUGUAAUGGGGUACCAAUCAAAAGUUGAAACGCACCUACUCAUGAUGUCUGCUUUACACUUUUCACUGUACAGCAGCUUCAUGAAGAGCCGCUUGAGAAGCUUUUCCAAGAGUCUGGAAGAUAUUUUGGCAAAUUUCAGCCAAAUGCUUUUAUGAUAAUAAAUAUCGAGGUGUCUGGGUGUCCAAACUUUUGACUGGUACUGUCUAUAUGACGUGUGGUCAAUUCAGUAUUGUUUAUAUUUGGUAACAUUUUAUUUCAUAGACUGGUACAGUGUUUUAAUCAAACAGUUUGGAGACUACCCUUUUGAGGGAAGUGCAACAAAAUCACUUUUAUACAUUUUUAAAAGACAAAUAAUCUAUACCAAAGAGUGUUCUGGUCAUCCUAGUAUACUGAUUAGUGCUUAAUAUACUCAUUAUGAAAUUGCACCUUGUUUUGACCACUGCAUCAAAUCUGUUAGAAAGUCCACUUCAGACAAAUCUUUGCUAUAUUUAGCAUGCCAAUGGAAAUCUCUCUAAAGGUGAUUAUGAUGCUGAAUGGAUAAACUUGACAGGAAACACGAGGGGUGGUUCACUAUUUUGCUUCAUUUGGAUUAGUAUUUUAUAUGUUCUUGUUUGAAUAGUUGUAAAUUAUUUGUAUUGGCCUACAGAUCGACAAGGAAAUACUGUUCCAUGACAUUUUUACUUCUUUUAAUUUGUUCUAUCCAAACACAGUGAUUUUUUUUAUUUUAUUUAUUACAGAUACAAAGCAUAUCAUUUCUUUAAUUUGAACAGUUGUGGUCAUCGGUUUUAAAUGCAGAGUUUUGUCUGUAUAGAAUGAACUAGUUUUAUGUUUUUGUGUUUUACUUCCCUCAAAGUGUUCCCAGCAACCAAACAAUAUUAAAGUGAUAUGCUGCUUUACCAUUUUUUAUACAUGUCAAAAGUGGUCAAAACAAUGCAUUUUAAUAAAUAUAUUUCUGACAAAUUAA